AUGGAUGAAUUUGAUAACAAUGUUGAAGAUGGAUUUUACGCCGGAGAUGCUGUUUUAGAAAAACUCUACUCACUCAAGGAAUUCUCAACUAAAGAAGAACUCGAGAUAUCCCUUCAAGCCUUAACAGAAAUAGAUCAUCGGUUAGCCUAUUUUUCUGAGAAGCUAGCGAGUUUGCAUAUAUCUUGUUUGAGAAGGCAAUGGCAUUUGAUCUAUUGUCUGGCGUUUUGGAUUCCGAGACAUUUGACAGAGGUUUUCUUUACUAUGGAUGAAAAAUUGCAAGAUUUCAAAGAGUCUGCAAAGCAAGUUCAACAGCAGUUAUCAGAGUUAAAGAUUCAGGCGCCGCAGCUACAGAAAAGUCUCACGGCUUUUCAAGAUGAGAAUUGGAAUAUGGAGAAGGCAUUGUGUUUAUCAGAAAAUGGUCAGCUGGUAAACAUGAAAGUGAAAUCAAACGAUCAGAUGGCAAAACAACGAAGAUAUAUUCUGCGAAUGCUUGAGAAGUCGCUCGCAAGGGAGCUAGAUCUUGAAAAGAAGUUAGCAGAUUCAAGAAACAAUGAAGAACUAAAGAUGAAACUCCGCUACACGGAACAAGUGGCGUUUUAUAUGGAAGAAACAGCAGAAGUUGUUUGGGGAAGAUUCCUCGAGGCAGACAAUGCGACGGAGGUGUUAAUGGGAAUUUCCAAAGGAAUAAUGGGACGUCUCCAAGUAACUGAGUUCAACCUCAACAGUUCUAUACAACGCGAAAACGAGCUAAAAUCAAAAGUUCAAAGUUUAAUUGAAGAACUGAAGGUUAAUGAUGUUGCUUUAGAGAAUCACGAGAGAUGCAGUGCUAAUGUCAUUGUCGACAAUGUUCAAGAAAAUUCCGAGGUGAUGGCUUUGAAGGAAAAGGUGAAAGUUCUUGAAGAAGGACGGAAGGGUUACGAGGUUCAGAUUAAUUCAUUGACGGAAGAGAAUGAACAACUUCACGAACAAUUUAUUGAAAUCGAAAGUUUUGCUGAAUCUCUAAAAGAAAGCGUUGACAUAGCAGAAAAUCGAGCGGAGAAUGCUGAAGAAAAAGUUACGCAGUUAACUGAAACGAAUAUCGAACUUACCGAAGAGCUAGAUUUUCUUAAAGGGAGUGCUAGUACAGCUGAGAAAAAAGUCGGAUUACUUGAGAAGCAAGUAAGGGAAUUAGAUAUCCAAGUACAGAAUGCGAAAGCAUCUUCUGAAGCUAGUCAAGAACAGCAGAAUAUGUUAUACAAAGCAAUAUGGGAUAUGGAAAUAUUAAUCGAAGAUCUCAACUCUAAGGUUUCAGAAGCUGAAAGUAAUAAAGAUAGUGCAGAAGAAAGAUGCAUUGUGCUAUCUGAAACAAACAUAGAACUUCAUGAAGAGUUGGAUGUUCUCAAGUCCAGAAUGGUUAGUCUGAAAACAUCUUUGGAUCAAGCUAGCAAUACAAAGUUAUCGAGUAUAAAAGAAGUUGAUACGAGAACCAAGAUGAUCAUGGAUAUGGUAAUUCAGCUAGCCGCGGAAAGGGAGCGUAUCAAUAAACAGCUAGAUUGUUUAAAACAGGAAAAUAGAAGUUUGGUUGGAAAGUUAAAGGAGACUCGAAUUGGCGCAUGCAUCAAUGGAAUAGAAGACCACUUGAAUAAAACCUUUCAGGUGGGUGAACAAUCAGAAAUAGGAAACUCGGAAACUCGAGCAACAUCUUCUGUUUCAGCAAAUAAGCUUGCAGUUUUUAUUCUUCUGAUUUCUGUGUUAGGCUUCUGCUUGUUGGAUGAAAACAUGUUUUCUUUUCUCAAAGGUCUCUACAGCCAAGUUGUGACAUAG